CUCGUCCUCACAUCCAUUGCAACCUGUGACCACAUCUACAUCCACGUGGAUGUCGAGCCCAAUGGCCACAGCGCCGCUCGUGACGUUCGGGUAUUUCGCAGCCCAUGAUGUCCAACUUAUCUUUCUUCAAGCUCGCACGUGCGUGCGCCGCUAAACGUCGUGUGCGUAGACUCAUUGCUGACGUCCAAUACGCCGAUGUCGAUGACGCAUGGAACUACACAGGAACAUCGAUGCGGUACUACCGGUCUUCGCUGGACGUGUUGAAGAUGGCAGUUCAGUCAUGGACAACUGAGUCGACGUCGACAGACAGAAUGCGAUUUGCGGUGAAUCUAGGUGACUUGAUCGAUGGGAAGAACGUUGCGUUGGGGCAGACCGACGUUGCUCUCGAGCGAGUCCUCGCACCGAUUGAAGCGUUCCAGGAUGCUAUCGGCCCAGUUCACCACUGCGUUGGAAACCACGAAAUGUACAAUUUCACGCGGGAACAGUACAUCCACAAGCUUCUGCAUCACACCAAAUCUCCUCACACGCAAAGUCCACACAGCCUUCCACCCCCGACCACGGACGUUGCGUACUACUCCUUCAUCGACUCUGCAGCACCCUCGAUAGAGUUUAUCGUGCUGGAUUCGUAUGGUCGCAGCGUGCUCGGGAGUCCCGCCGGGUCUAGCGAUCACAUCUCAUCCAUUCAGCUCCUUGCGCAACACAACCCAAAUGAAGACAAGAACUCGUCGUUCCAGCUGGAGGGUGCGGACCAGCGGUUCGUCCAGUACAACGGCGCGAUCGACGACGUGCAGAUGACGUGGCUGAAGGGGAUCCUAGAUGCCGCGUCGGCGGAGAGGCGUCAGGUGGUUGUGUUCGCCCAUGUCCCUGUGCACGAAGCAGCCUCCGGCAACCACCCUGCGGCAGUUUUGUGGAAUUGCGACGAGAUCGUGGCGCUGUUGGGGCGCUACGCGCAUUGCGUUCGUGUUGUGUUUUCAGGGCACACCCAUGACAAUGGCCACUUCGUUUGCGACAAGGGCAUCCAUUACGUUGGGCUGCAUGCGGCACUGGAAUGCCAACCACUCGCCAAAGCAAUCGAUGGCGACGUACCCUCCACUGAAGCAAGAACGGACCGAGCGUAUGCAUCUGUGGACAUGUUUGAAUCGAAGAUGCACAUCCGAGGGGCUGGGAGAGUGCCAAGUCGCAUUCUGACCUGGUAGACAAAACAAGUGGAUCAUGCAUGUGUUGGCUCGACCGUGAAUCAAUGCAGUUGAUACUUUCCCACUAUCUC